AUGAACAGUCAACAGUGCAAACGGCUGGUGUCACUAUGCACAACGUGCGACCGGGACCAGCAAAUAGACCUCAUUCAUGCUAAUGUCUCGAGACACUUCCGGUACGCCACGCUUUCGCACCGCUGGGGUGAAGCAGAGCCAUCAUUGCGCGACAUCGAGGGCCACCCGAUAUAUGGCAUGUCGGCCAAGGGGGGCUUUGGGAAGCUCCAAGCCUUUUGUCGUGUUGCCCUGGAGUGGGAUUACUUAUGGGCAUGGAGUGACACGUGCUGCAUCGACAAGCACAGCAGUGCCGAGGUGCAAGAAACGAUUGGAUCGAUGUUCGCGUGGUAUCGACAAUCCUCCUUGACCAUCAUAUACCUUUCUGAUGUUUCCAAUGCCGGUUCGCUUGGGCACAGCGAAUGGUUCAAGCGUGGGUGGACCCUCCAAGAACUACUGGCUCCCGAGUGCAUACUAUUCUACACUCAAAACUGGUCACUUUACAAGAACCUGGCGUCUUCGAACCAUAAAGCCGUCAUCGCUGUGCUGGAAGAGCUGGAGGUAGCAACUGGAAUAGAGUCCCAAUUCUUGUCCAAAUUUUCUCCAGGUAUGGAUCAUGCCCGUUCGAGACUACAAUGGGCGUCUUUGCGUCGUACCACACGACCUGAGGAUGUCGCCUACUCACUUUUCGGGAUCUUCAAUCUUCAUCUUCCCGUUCUGUAUGGCGAAUCUGCUGAGGACUCGCUAGGCCGUCUCCUAGCCGAAAUCAUAUCGCGGUCUGGGGAUAUCUCGGUUCUGGAUUGG